GUUGAGUUGUUCUUGAGCGUACUUAGUUUACUCAUAAUCUACUCUAUAAGAGAGCCUCGUUCUUGAGUGUAUUCGUGUUCUUAGACACUUUGAGAGAAAGUAUUUCUCUCGGUAGAUUCAAAGGAAGGGCUGUUUCCUUUGAAGGACUCGUUGAGGUUCGUGUAACUCAAACUCUCAAGUUGUAACAGUUUGUUAAGCACCCGCAAGCUUAACGAAAUAGUAGUGUAGCUCGAGAGAGUCUCUCGGGAGGCUGGAUUAGCCACAAGUUGUGGUGAACCAGGGUAAAAUUCGGUGUGCCUCUUACUCUUCUCUUUACUUCUCUUUUAAUUUUUUAAUUCCUGCGAUUUCUACGAUCAAACGCUAUUCACCCCCCCUCUAGCGUUGGUCUAUUAUUCUAGCAAUUGGUAUCGGAGCCUAACUCGCGUCCAAACUUAACCGUUUGAGAGUAAAGCGAUCAUGGGCUCUUCUUCUAGAAAUCUUUAUGCAAGAAUUGGAGAAGGUCAAUCAACCUCUAGGCCACCGCUUUUUGAUGGCACCAACUACACAUAUUGGAAAGAGCGGAUGAGAAUUUAUAUCCGCUCAACCAACUUCCAGUUGUGGUUGGUCAUCAAAAACGGCGAAGAAACGCCAAUGAAGAAGGUCGAUGAAAAACUCGUCCCAAAGACCGAAGACGAAUUUGAUGCCGAAGACAUCAAAAAGGUGGAGAACUACGCCAAGGCAAUCAACAUGCUGUACUGUGCGGUCAAUCCUGAUGAUUAUCGCAAGAUCUCUUGCUGCACCACUGCAAAAGAAAUGUGGGACAAGCUGGAAGUCACAUAUGAGGGUACGGACCAAGUUCAGGAAGCCAAAAUUGACUUCCUAACGCAGGAGUACGAGAUGUUCAGGAUGAAGGAAGGCAAAAAGAUCGAUGACAUGUUCGAUCGGUUCUCAAAGAUCAUCAACGACCUUCACGCUCUCAAGAAGACGUAUGCCAACAAGGACCUUGUGAGGAAAAUCCUGCGGAGUCUCACACCCGAAUGGAGAUCAAAGGCUGACGCAAUCUACGAAUCCAUCGGAGUCUCCAAUGUCACCAUCGACGGGCUAAGAGGUAACCUCAAAACUUAUGAAUCUACUAUUCUAAAUCCGUCUUUGGAUGAACAAAAGAAGAAGGGAAUAGCACUCAAAGCAACCAAGGAGACCGUGGAAGAAGACUCAAGCGAUGAUGACAACGAGUUCGGACUCGUCAUCAAGAAAUUCCACAAAUUUAUGAAGAAGGAAUUUGAGCGCAAAGGAAGAAAGCACGACGGUCCCCCGAAGUGUUAUGGCUGUGGUGAGAUAGGCCACAUCAAGCUGAGGUGUCCAAAAGGAAAAAGCGGAAAGGACAAACCUGGCUUCAAAAAGCAACGCGCCUACAUCUCAUGGGGUGGCGACUCCGGGGAUGAGUCAACGGAUCAAGAAGAGGAAGAAGCCGCCAACCUCUGUCUCAUGGCACACGAAGACCACGUCAACGAAGUACAAGAGAGCAAGGCCUCCAAGAAGAAGACCAACAUCGAAGCUACGACCUCUGCGCCCCAGCCGUUUCCCUAUCUAGAUGGCUCAUUUCUUGAGUUCGGGUCGGAGGAAGAACUCACACGCUUCCUCACUCACUUCGCCAAGCACCCGAUCUCUCCGCCUCGCGUGCUCCCGGAGUUGUUUCCCCAAGACAAAGGGUACCACGACCUCGACAACCAACUCCAAGCGUCGGGUUUGUGGCCAUUCGUCUCUAAGAGCCGCUCGAGCUUCAAUCCUGCCUUCGUCCGGGCCUUCUACUCCAAUCUCCGCCGUGACGGGGACACCAUACGCAGCAGCAUCAAUCUCUACGACAUAGAGAUUGAUUUGCCUACCUUUGCUCGGAUCGCAGGGCUGCCCACUCGCGGUGACGACAUCGAGACAUAUGGUGGAGAUGAUUGGAUUCUCAACAACAAGGCGGUGGUCAUCCAAGAGCUUGGAAUCACCAACCUCAUCCGUCAGAGCGGCGCACCAACCAUCCACUCAGCCCCGCCGGAAAAGCGUCUUCUGCUCUACAUCCUCACCCGGAUUCUUCGCCCCCGGGACGGUAGCCACACUUGUCUCUUCAACGAGGAUCUCAAGGCCGUUCAUGCCAUCACCCAUGGCGCCUCGAUCAAUUGGGCAAAAUACGUCAUGAUUCACAUGGCGGAUUGCGCUCUUAUCGCCACUGAGCGGAGCUUGCCAUACGCCUUCCUCGUCAUGGACCUCAUCAUCUCCGCCGACAUCUCCAUCGCCGGCCCGGAUACGAAGAUGAUGAAGAUUUGGAUCAUUCAAGACCGCACCUUCCGGAAGAAGUCCGGAGACCAGGACGGCGCAGGCCCAAGUCGUGCACCAUCCCCCGCUCCCGCCAAGGCCUCUUUGCAAUCCAUAGCCGAUACUCUGAAUCAGCUAACCCUCACAGUGGAUAGCAUGGGGCAGUCAAUCGAGCGGAUGGACUGAACGCUGCAACGCCAACACCACGACAUGACGGCGUUCUUCCGCGGCAUCAACUACGUCCCUCCGCCCUUUGACACCACCUUCCUUGGCCAAAACUAUGAAGGCGAGGACGAGGAGGAUAACUCCUAUG